AUGUCACCAUAUCGAUUGGUGUAUGGUAAGGCAUGCCACAUACCAGUGGAACAUGAGCAUAGAGCUUACUGGGCUAUGAAAAAGCUAAACAUUGACUUCUUUAUGGCAGACAAAAAUUGGCUUAUGGAGUUGAACGAGCUCGACGAAUUCCGAAAUGAAGCUUAUGAGAAUGCAAGGAUUUAUAAAGAUAAGUCGAAUGCCUUUCAUGAUAAGCAGAUACUGAGGAAGGAUUUUCAACCAGGAGACAAAGUACUGCUAUUCAAUUCUAGACUUAACCUCUUUCCUGGUAAAUUGAAGUUGAGAUGGUCGGGACCAUACACAGUAGUUGCUUCAUUUCCAUAUGGAGCGGUGCAAAUUCAUAGAGAGAAGACGGGACACUUUAAGGUGAAUGGCCAGAGAUUGAAGCAUUAUUUGGAGGGCCCAGUGGAAAAAUGCAAGUCUUUGGUGAUUAUGGAACCACUCUGA